UCAUCGCUCCUCACGCGAGAAUCAAAGAACGACGGCGGAUGCUCGGGCGAGUGAACACCGAGAUUCCGCAGGACAAGUUGAGAAGAUGUGUAUGUGGGUGUGGGUGUGUAACGACUGCCUGGGUCGUGCGCGUUGCGUGACAGAGAGAGGCUGAUGCGGCAGCCUGGCGUGUCUGGAGCCGCGAUGCACAAGGGCUGCGCGAGGAUAUGUGCUGUAGCGCGCUGUCGCUAAAGUCUGCCUCGUCUGUCCACUGAUGAAUGUCGUACCAAGGCAGCCGAGGAUGGGAUGGGAUGGGAUGAAUGCAUGGAUGGGCGGGUGGGGUGUUGUUGGACGCCAUUUGAUUCACUGGUGCUCUCAGCUGAGCUUCGCUUUACUUCCCAUUCGCUGUUGGGAACGAUCCGCUGAGGACGACGCCUUCCGCGGCACUGCAGCAGUCUGCAUCCGCAGACACUCGUUCCGCCAGACCGUUCCGCCCACCGGCGCCCUGAGCGCAAGCGGAGAGGACAGGGGGGGAGGGGGGGUGUCAAAGGGACCUCCAUCGACGCAGACUACUGUUAACUUGCUUCUCAGGUCUCCACCUGAGAGCGGCUAUGUCGAGCAGCAGCAUCGAGCUGGGCCAUCAGGCAACAGAAAGCUCGCUUCGCAGCAGGCACGUCAGUCGGCAUUACACACGCGCUCCCCCUCGCGCGAGUCAGUGACCAUGCCAUCUACAUCCAUGUGCUUUGUUUCAGCGCUCAUGGCGAGAUCAGCAGCGUUCCUCGACGUGGACGCUUCGCACUUUGAUGAUGGAACAGGCUAUGUCGCAGCGGUCAUCGCUCAGGAUUGAACUUUUGCAGUUUUGAGAUACAAAGAGGAUACAUGUGCGCCAUUCCUCCCCGCCGGCCAAUCCGCAUCCUGCCCCAUCUAGCAAGAGAAAGCAGAGGCGCUCGCUUGUGCAGGACAAAGGCCAGCACGCAGGUAAUCAGGGUACA